CCCCGGAAGUGUAUCCUCCACGGUCUCGGAACAGGUGCGGGUUUCGCCGGCCCGGCGAGGUGGCUGCGGUGGAGAUGCCGGGAGCCGCGGAGAAGGACUCGGAACUGUCCGAGCGGAUCGAGGGCUUCGUGGAAAGCCUGAAGCGAGGCGGCGGGCAGCGCAGCUCGGAGGACAUGGCCCGGGAGACCCUAGGAUUGUUGCGCCGGAUCAUCACGGAACACCGCUGGAGCAAUGCGGGGGAGCUGAUGGAGCUGAUCCGCGGGGAGGGCAGGAGGAUGGUGGCCGCGCAGCCCUCCGAGACCACGGUGGGGAACAUGGUACGCCGGGUGCUCAAGAUCAUCCGCGAGGAGUACGGCAGACUGCAUGGACGCAGCGACGAGAGCGACCAGCAGGAGUCCCUGCACAAACUGCUGACCUCCGGAGGCCUGAACGAGGAUUUCAGCUUCCAUUAUGCGCAGCUGCAGUCCAACAUCAUUGAAGCCAUUAAUGAGCUGCUAGUGGAGCUGGAAGGGACAACAGAGAACAUUGCAGCCCAGGCCCUGGAACACAUCCACUCCAAUGAGGUGAUCAUGACCAUAGGCUUCUCCCGAACCGUGGAGGCCUUCCUGAAGGAGGCUGCCCAGAAGAGAAAAUUCCAUGUUAUUGUGGCUGAGUGCGCUCCUUUCUGCCAGGGUCAUGAGAUGGCCGUCAAUUUGUCCAAAGCAGGCAUCGAGACAACUGUCAUGACGGAUGCGGCCAUUUUUGCUGUCAUGUCAAGAGUCAACAAGGUGAUCAUUGGCACGAAGACCAUCUUGGCCAACGGGGCCCUGCGAGCUGUGACAGGCACCCACACUCUGGCGCUGGCAGCCAAGCACCAUUCCACCCCGCUCAUCGUCUGUGCCCCCAUGUUCAAGCUGUCCCCGCAGUUCCCCAAUGAAGAAGAUUCGUUUCACAAAUUUGUGGCUCCUGAAGAGGUCUUGCCAUUCACGGAAGGGGACAUCCUGGAGAAGGUCAGCAUCCAUUGCCCUGUGUUCGACUACGUCCCCCCAGAGCUCAUUACCCUCUUUAUCUCCAACAUUGGGGGCAAUGCCCCUUCCUACAUCUACCGCCUGAUGAGUGAACUCUACCACCCUGAUGACCAUGUGCUGUGACCACCUUGGCCUAGGCGGAAGCUGCAUCUGCAGUUACAGACCAAGAGGGGACCGCAGUGCUGCUGCUGUAACACCUCCUCGGCCCAUGCCCAGCCUGAGAAGUGUGACCUAUUCCCUGUCUUUAUGGUCACCACGCCAUAAGGCCCAUCCCCCAGUCCAGGACCACCUCUGCCUCAUGGGCUGUCAGGGCAGCAGGUUCCCCAACUGGGUCUUGGGGCCUCCCAGGGACCUGGCUUCGUGUGCCUCAGGGACUCAGCCUUUCUGGUUCAGUGGCGUGUUAACCAUAACACUGGAUACCUCACUGGGACACAGACUCUUGCUCAGAAGUGGCCCCCACGCCUUUUUGUUGGCUGUGCCAAUAAAAGCUGGAAGCCUCA